CACCCGACGCCGGUCUACACAAACGCUGCACACGCCCCUGCAGGAAUCGGAUGGACCGCUUGCUGCAGCUCCCACGCGUGGAGCCAAGAAUGACGCCGGCGCUCGUUUGCAUCAAGACGGCCUGAACAUUAUAGGACGCAUCUAUCCGCUCGAUCGCUUGAUUUCCAAGGCCGCGCGAUGGCUCCUCUCGUGGCGCUUUCACGGACACGACUGCUGGUCGCGGCUUUUGCAUUGUGCGCGUUGUGCGGGUCAGUGCUUUCAAUCACUCGCUACUCCAUUCCGGAGGAGAUGGAAGAGGGUUCCUUUGUUGCCAACCUCGCCGCCGAUUUGGGUCUCGAUGUUCGGAGCAUGGUGGAGCGCAAGGCAAAGCUGGAUGUCAUUCACAGCAAAAAUUAUCUCGACAUCAACAAAGAAACCGGUGAGCUCAUCAUCCGCGAGAAGAUGGACCGGGAGAGCAUCUGCAUGACCAAAACAGCCUCGUGCUUUAUGAAGAUGGAUGUCAUACUAGAAAACCCCAUUCGUAUUUUUAACAUCGAACUGGAGAUCAUGGACAUUAACGACAACGCGCCGGUGUUCCGGAGGAAGAGCAUUCAUUUGGAUGUCUCCGAGGCAACCCCUCCCGGCGAGAGGUUCUCGUUAACAAAUGCCGUCGAUGCGGAUGUUGGCGCUAAUUCAAUUAAGACUUACUACCUAAGCGAGAGCAAAGACUUCAACAUUGACAUCCAAACUGGCAGCGAUGGCUCCAAAUAUGUAGACUUGGUUCUGAAUGGCAAUCUGGACCGGGAGACAGACGCGGUGCAUAAUCUGAUUCUAACCGCGGUGGAUGGAGGGCUUCCUCCCCGGUCCGGCACAGCCAGCAUUAUUAUCAAUGUCCUCGAUAUCAAUGACAACGCCCCCCUCUUCGCUCAGCCGGUGUUUGAAGUCAAUGUUGCGGAGAAUUCAGGUGUAGGCACAGUUGUCAUGACCUUAAAUGCAACAGAUUUGGACGAAGGCACAAACGCACGCUUAUUAUAUUCGUAUACGCUCUACACUUCUGAGAAGACACAGGAGCUCUUCUCGCUCGACCGACACUCGGGGGAGAUCAAGGUUAAGGGGGUUGUUGAUUUUGAGGAGAAUCCGAGUUUUGAGAUGCACGUCCAAGCUCAGGACGAAGGGUCCAGCCCGCUGUCGGGACACUGCAAAGUGACGGUGUCCGUCACCGAUCUGAACGAUAACUACCCCGAGAUGACCAUCAAGUCUCUGAAGAGCGCCACGGCCGAGAACACGGCCGUGGGGACCCUGAUUGCGGUGGUCGGCGUCAGCGACAGGGACUCGGGAGUCAACGGCCAAGUGGAGCUCACUUUAAGUCGGCAGGAAAAGCUACCCUUUGUGCUCAAUCGGUCGUCGGAGGGUUACUUCGAGCUCUCGGUUUCAAAGCCGCUGGACAGAGAGAUAAAGGGCAAAUACGAAAUAACGCUGAAGGUGACUGACAAAGGAACGCCGCCGCUCACUGAAAGCGAGACCUUCACCUUAGAGAUUCAUGAUAUCAACGACAAUGCUCCCACAUUCCCGCAGUCCUUCUACACCAUCCACGUGAUGGAGAACAAUCUGCCGGGAGCCUUGCUGACAUCUCUGAGUGCACUUGACCCGGAUCUGAAUGAGAACCAGUACUUGGUCUAUUUCAUAAUGGAGAAAGAGAUCGCCAACACAUCCAUGUCAAUGCUGUUCUCCAUCAAUCCGGAAAACGGCGACCUUUAUGCCUUGAAGACCUUCGACUUUGAGCGAGAGAGGGAGUAUCUUUUCCACAUUGAGGCGAGGGACUCCGGUGUCCCCGCGCUGAACAGCAAUGUUACGGUUCAUAUCAUCAUUCUGGACCAAAACGACAACAUCCCUGUCAUAGUGUCGCCGUGGCGAGCGCAGGGCUCUGUCGCCGAGCAGGUGAUACCGAGGUCUACAGAUAAGGGACACCUCGUGGCCAAAGUGAUCGCCAUCGACGCCGACUCGGAGCAGAACGGCAGGGUCACGUAUCAGCUCUUGCAAAUCAGCGACUCCAGCCUCUUCAGUCUAGACCAGUACAACGGCGAGAUCCGGACAACCAGAAUGUUCAGCUACAGAGACCCCCGGCAACAGCGCCUGGUCAUUGCCGCGAAAGACAACGGCAACCCGGCCCUCUCCACCACCGUCACCAUCAAAAUAGCCACCGUCGAGCACGCCACGGCAUUUUCGGAGACAACGGAGUUGCCGCUGGAGUACGACCUCUUCACAGACCUCAACUUGUAUUUAGUCAUCGGUUUAGGGGCCGUUUCCUUCAUGCUGCUCAUUACCAUAUUGGUGAUUAUCGUGCUGAAGUGUCAAAAGCCCAAGCCGAAGGCCGUCAAGAUCCCCCCGGCCAAUCGGAACAGCGUGAUCAGCAGGAACAGCGUGAUCAGCCAGAGGAGCUCCACUAUCGCGGACUCCACCUUGAUCUCCAGCGACGCCUACUGGUACAGCCUCUUUCUCGCAGAGACCAGGAAAGGCAAAGUAGUCGUCAGACAGCCCAUAAUACCCAAAGGGGCUGGCUACUUUGUGUCCAGUAUACCCAGGAGCAUAGGGCCGAGUGAGACCACCGAGUCCAGAGCGUCUACACUGGAGUAUUCAAAAUGAAAAGAAGCCCGUUCUACAACUGGAGCAGGCACCCAGAAGAGAACUGCCGUGAUAUAAUCAUCUCUUCCUGGCAGUCAUUGACUCCUACACCAAUUCAAAACAGUUUCCCUUGAGUCCUUCCGAGCCAACUCUUCUCACCUUCGAUCCUCCAAAUAUUGUCAUGAGCUAGAUAGGCAGACACGGUAGACACAUUGUAUACUUUAAUAAUCCUGCGAUGGAAGUAAAGGAAUCAUCCUCAGUUCAUUCAGCUUCAUUGUCCCAGACCUUCUAUUUUCAGCAUGAAUCUGCAUGAUUCUUAAAUAUUUCCCAUUUGGACUAAGAACUGAAAACGUAUUAUUCGGAACAUGAGCUGAGUGGCCUCGUGCCGUGUACAAAACGUGCUUAACCAAUAACAGUCAGGGUGAACGCGGUUCUUCCAUAGGACUUAUUUACAUACUGAAUUGUGUCGGGUGAUGUCAUUCAUGUAAAUGCUGCGCGGUUUCCUUUUUGAAAUGGCAUUUUGACUGUUUUAUGUGUGGAGCUGUUGUCAAAAAAAAAAAAAAGGCUCCCACUGUCAUCUGGUAAUUUGACUUUCUCUGGUGUUGUACUCAGUACUCACAAAUGUGUAAAAUUGAAAGCUCACGCGGGCGAGUAGGGAAAGGUUUUUGUGAGGUCUGUAGUCUAACAUUUUGAAAGAUUUUGGAGUAUCGAGUGGAUCAUUUCUCGGCAUAGGUACUGUUCUAAAUAAUCUGACUGGCCAUGGGUUAGUUAGUAUUCAACUGUAUUUUGGGGACAAGUUACGUGGCAAAAUCUGUAUUUCUAAAAAAAAAAAAAAACAAUCACCAAAAUACUUGGAACGUGGUACGAGGGAGAUAGAAAGUGAAAGUGGAUUGUACAUUCAAGCAUCCUGAACUGUAGCACUGCUUAAAAAAAAAGCCCAUCUUUUUUCUAUCAGUAACAUAAGCAGACAAAACUGGCAAUAAAAAUAUGAUCGGUUAAACUUCAACUAUAGCUGAAAAUGUAUAUUUAAUAAUGAAUCUAUCGAUUCAUAUGAAGAAGAAUAUUGAAAUGUAUUGAAUUGAAGGGCGUACAAGGUUUAUGAUUUGUUUUGUUAGUUUUAUUGAUAGUUUGUGUCCUAACUUUUAAUGCUGCUUCUGUGGGCUUUUUCAAGGGCAUUUUGUGUUGCAAUUGUGAAGUCUGGUGGAUUUGAUGUUUUGGUAUUCUGUAGUUUUUAACUGAGAUUUUAACACGCUGUCCUUUUUCAUGACCCUUUUGACCUCUGAGAUAGCGCCCUCUGCGCUCCAGCAAGGCACAGGACUUUCAUUUCUCAGAAACAAGUGGCUGAUUAAAGCAACUUAUUUGGGUGCUCAGAAGAAGAGAAUGCGGUUUAAGUUGCAGUGCUCAAGUACUGCAUUAAGCACAUGCGGUGCUGGACAAAUGAGUCUGAAGCGAAGUACUGCAAUCUUUUCAAAUAUGCACCAAUCAGAAAGGGAAUCGCAGCGCUCUCAACAAUGCAAUGGAGAGGAAAGCGUUUCCAGAAUCACACUGAGCAAGUCAGCAAAAGCUUCAUGUUUGUUCCUUUUGCUUAUGUGACAUUCGACAACAAACUAUAGAUGACAUGACAAGGGAUCUAUUGCCGUGGAGAACAUGCAUAUGUGCAAUCAAUUUUGAAAGCCGACACUUCCUGAAGUGUGUCAUUGCACAUCUGAUAAGCUUUUUGUGUGCCUUCUGCGUUGUAAAAAGACUUUUGACGAAUGAAAUAAUUACGACCAGUAUUGUAAAACAGCAGGCUCUCAUAAGCGUCGUAAGCACAUGCAUGGGAAGGAAACACGCUGUGAACGUUAAACACACAGACGAAAAAAAAGAAGAAGAAGAAUUUCAAAAACAAUAGUGUUAUCAUUUGCCAAAGAAAGGUUUUACUGGGACUCGAAAUAUUCUUAUAACAUCCAUUGAUCCAACUAAAUUCUUGUGGGAAUUUGCUCAGCAAAAUGAUGCUUCUCGUUAUGUUGCUCAUAGAGUGGAGACAUUGAAAGUUAGCAAGUCAGCCUUUUGUUUUCCAAGACCGGUAGAUGCUUUUACCGUCAAUUCCAACACUUUAUACAUGUGUUUUUUUAGAAAGUAGACUUUUUGAUAUCUUCUGUAAAGUUCACUGUGAUCCAGUGGCACAGGGCUGCGUGGUGUCACUUGGUGUUGUUCUCAUUUGUGGAUGCGUCUCUGGGUUUUUCUUCAUCUAAUUACCAUUCAGAUUGUGCGGUAUACUUGAGAGUUCCAUCAAAAUGUGCUCGACUUCCAAUCCUCUUAUAGUGAAUCCAAGACCCAGUGGGAGAGAAAGGCCUCGCUUUCUUUUCAAGUCCAGUUCAUUGUCAGGUUUUGAUGUCGCUUAUUUGGCUUUAAUGUUCUGCUUGAUUAUGAUCACUUGAAUAAAGAUUUUUUUUUUUUGAAA